CCACCCCCGGGACGGAUCCUCCCCUCCUCCAGCACAUAGAAGCUAUUUAUCUGCAAACUUUAACAGCCGCUGUCUCAGUCAUCAACAUUCACAGUGACGGGAUAAUCAGAGCUGCGAUCACAUCUACUCAGUCCCCAACACAUUUUCAGCUUCACAUUUUUGUGCGGUCUGUGACUGAAGACAGUUUGUGACUUGACAGUGAAUUGACAGGGGGAAGAUGGCAACGAACAUAAAGAGUGGCACCUGUACAGCUCCUGCGUCUAACGGAUGCUCAGAGAAGCCAAAAGAGGGAGAGGGACGGGGGUAUUGGGGGACCAAAGCCGAGUUCAUCCUCACUGUCAUGGGGGCGAUCAUCGGACCUGGGAAUGUUUGGAGGUUCCCCUACCUGUGCUACAAAAACGGCGGAGGUGUGUUCUUCAUCCCGUAUAUCUUGUUCAUGUGUACAUGCGGAGUCCCCCUAUUCUUCCUUGAGACUGCAUUGGGACAAUACACCAGCCAGGGGGGCAUCACGUGCUGGAAGAAGAUUUGUCCGCUUUUCCAAGGCAUGGGCUAUGCCAGCCACUUAAUCAUCGCUUUCAGUGCCACCUCCUACAUUAUCAUAAUUGCAUGGGCGUUUUUUUACCUGUUCUCAUCCUUUAGUGCAGAUUUGCCUUGGGCCACAUGUGGACACUACUGGAACACAGACUCAUGCUUGGACCUCAACCAUCCAAAUCUGAGCCUCGCCAUGACAUCCAGACUGAACGCUACUCUUCCUGUUGCAGAGUUCUGGCAACGCCGGGUUUUAAAAGUCUCUGGUGGUAUCGAGGAGGUGGGCAGCUUGAGAUGGGAACUGGUCUUUUGUCUCGUCUUGACAUGGAUCAUCUGCUACUUUUGUGUUUGGAAGGGCAUCAAGUCAACAGGAAAGGCAGCGUACAUCACAGCCACCUUCCCCUUCAUUAUGCUGCUGAUUUUGUUAAUACGUGGUGUUACCCUACCGGGAGCACUGGAUGGCAUCAUUUACUACCUCUACCCUGAUAUCUCUCGCCUUUCAGAUCCCCAGGUGUGGAUGGAUGCUGGGACUCAGAUCUUCUUCUCCUAUGCAAUUGGCCUUGGUUUCCUAACCUCUCUUGGGAGUUACAACACUUACAACAAUGACUGUUACAGGGACUGUUUCUACCUGUGUUUGCUGAACAGUGCUACCAGCAUUGUGGCAGGCUUUGCCAUUUUCUCUAUUUUGGGAUUCAUGACUUAUGAACAAGGAGUGGAUAUUUCUGAAGUAGCUGAAUCAGGUCCAGGGUUGGCAUUCAUUGUCUACCCACGAGCUGUAGCCAUGAUGCCCAUGCCACAGCUGUGGUCAGUGUGUUUCUUCAUCAUGAUCAUUCUGCUUGGAUUGGACAGUCAGUUUGUAGGUCUGGAGUGUCUGAUGACAUCACUGGUUGAUCUGUUCCCGACUUACCUGCGCCAAGGCUACAGACGUGAGCUGGUCCUGCUGGCUAUCUGCAGUGUCUGCUGUUUGCUGGGACUCUCCCUGGUCACCGAGGGAGGGAUGUACCUGCUCCAGCUGUUGGACCAUCACGUCUGCAGCGGCACCACCUUACUCCUCCUCUCCCUUUUCCAGUCUGUCAGCAUUUCCUGGGUGUACGGUGCUGAUCGUUUCUACAGCAACAUCGCAGAUAUGAUUGGUUAUCACCCAAACCCAUUCAUGAAGUACUGCUGGACUUACAUAACUCCCCUCAUCUGUUUUGGCACAUUCAUCUUCUCUAUUGUUAAAUACUCCCCGCUGAAGUUCAGCAACACUUACGUUUAUCCACUCUGGGCCAAUAUCCUGGGCUGGUUCAUAGCCACCGUCUCCCUGUCCCUCAUCCCACUGUUUGUGUUAUAUAAAAUAAAACAGGGAGAAGGCACUCUACGACAGCGAUUCUUGUUGCUCUGCAAGCCUGUUGACAAUCUACCCUUGCAACCAAAAUGUCUUCCUAAGAUGGAAACCAAUGGCAUCACUGGCCACACAGAGCUCAAACCUUUAUCCCACAACGAGGAACUUGCGCAGUGAACACAAACAAGCGGUUCACCUGAGAGGUGUGCUGUACUUUAUUGUAAAUAAUGGGCAUUUAGUACACUAAAGGGCACAAUAAGAAGUGCCUCCUUGGGAAAGGCAAAAGCUAUCUACAAUCUACGACAAAGUAGCAAAUGCAAAUAGUAGGCUAGAUGCCAAUGUGUAUUAUGUUACAUUUUCCUUAUAAAACAGAAAAUUACAACUGCAUGCUUUUUGAAUUCAAAUUUCUCUAUUUUUGAACACUUAACGUAAAACACACUUCAGUCAAACUCAACAGAAACAAAAGAAAGCUCACCCAAACUAUCUCGGUUUGUGUUUUAACCUUUUCCAACAGUCGUAUUCCUAGUCUACAUGUUGCUCUUUCAUGCUCAUAAUGACCAAUCUACCUCUUGAUCCUCUGCUCCUUCCAGUCUCUCUGCCAACACCUGCAGUGUCUUUGUUGUCCAAACAGUCAGAGUCUUGGUUGCAGCCGAUGUACAUUACCUCAACAGUGUAUUUUACGUUACUAAAGUGCCAUCCAUUUGUCUUGGAGGCUGUGCUCAGUCCUGGUCCGUCUGUGUACACUGGAUGGCUACUGAGCCCAGAUUCAUUGCUCCUGGUCCAGGGAGACUUCAGUCAGCUAAUUGCCACUAUAUGUAUGGACACCGGA